AUGCAAGUGCGCUUCUGCAAUACAAAGGAAACAAGCCACGCGGCCUUGCUCUUUGCAGCCAGCGCGGCAGUGCGGCUUUUCUGCAUAUCGCACCCCGACUCUGUGGUUUUUGACGAAAAUCACUAUCUUGACUUUAUUCAGAUGUACUUCAACAGGGAAGCUGUGGUUGACGUCCACCCGCCGCUGGGACGGCUUUUUGCGUACUUCAUAGCGAAGUGGAUUUUGGGCAGCAAAGGCGCAGGCGCCAGAACAAGCCCGUACAUCGGGAAGGCGUACGAAAAGACCGUUCUCUCCUUCAGCUACGUGGUCCUUCGGUCCGCCUCCGCGCUGGCCUCGUGCAUCAGCGUUGUUGCAGGGUUUGGGAUACUGCGCGAGCUGGGCGUGCGCAAAAACAGGGCCUUUCUCUCCUCUUUGCUGCUUCUUUUUGACGGGGCCAUGCACAGCAUAUUCCGGCUCUUUAUGAUAGACAGCUACGUGCUGGCCGCGAUCAGCCUCAUUCUGCUCUCGCUGGUGAAAAUGAACAAGCACGCAGAAAGGACGCUGCAGAGGCCAAAGGAGCCAAAACCCCGCUUUUCCUGUACAGAGGCCUCUCUGGCGGAGUGCGGGCACGCCAGCCCAAAGACGGUAAGCAUUUGCACCAGCACGCCCGCGCAAAAGCUCAGGCUCCACCGGAAAAAGACAGCUCCAGCAGAGGCUCUCGCCAAAAAGUGCAAAAAGCGCCCCGUAUGCUCGCCCAGGAGCUACUUCUGCGCGCUCGAGUGGGCGUGUGUUUUGGGAGUGGCACUGGGCAUUGGCGCAAGCUUCAAGUGGGCUGUUCUUCCGAUGGGAGGGCCCAUAGGAGUUUACCUGCUCACGGACCUAAUACGGUCCAAAAGGAAAGGAUGCGGGCUUCUGCGGGCGAUGCUUCCGUGCGUGCAGGGCGCUGCUAUUCUUGCGCUCUCCGCUUCUGUGUACCUCUCCGUGUUUUUUGUGAACUUUAGGGUGCAGGACGCGUAUUCGGAGAAAACAAACGGGUGGUUCUCCUUUGCGUACAACGCGACUCUAAAGGGCUCGCCGCACUCUCGCUACAAAAGGCUCUGCAUCCCCGCGGGGGCAGCAGUCCGCAUAGGAAUCCCUGAAAUGAGCCAGUUUCUUUCGGUAAACAGCAGCCUUCUCUCCGUGACAAAAAGCACCGAGCAGUCCCCAGAGUGGACGCUCACUCCCCUGGAGAAGAUGGAGUACGGCGCGCCUCUCUACAUACAGCACGCGUCCGGACUUUUCCUGAGCGGGGAGGCCCCUUCGUUUCUGUCGAGAACGCCUUCCCCCAUGCGAAUACUCCCCGCCCCCAGAGCCGCCCUGUCAAUAGCGAGCAGCCGCGGGCUGUACUUGAACCCUGCAGGAGAAAGCGGGGCGGCAUGGACGAAGCACGCGUGCAGGCUGCUCGUUCUCUAUGGAGGGCGCGAGUCCAGCAGUCCUGCAGAGAGCGCCUCCAUAGAGUCCUCCGAGGUUACUCCGCAGGGCUUCUUCCAAAAGCUCUGGGAAGCCAACAAAGUCAUGUACCAGUGCAACAGCACGCUAAGCGGCACGCACACGUACAAGUCUUUCCCGAGGGAGUGGGUUUACAGCCCCAGGCCCAUCCACCUGUGGAGCGGCGCUGUUUCGGAGACGGCAGCCGAGCACUCCCAGAGCUACAACCCGACAGCGCAGAUAUUUUUGGUUGCAAACCCCUUAAUUGUUUUUUUGGCCGCUGUCUCUUUGUGUCUCUACCUCGUGCACGCUCUGACCACAAAAAUAAAGCGCAGGGCGCUUUCCCACGUCAUUAUUCUGGCUGCAUAUCUGUGCAACUACUUCCCGUACUUUCUCCUCUCGCGGGAAACGUACACGCACCACUACAUUCCCUCGUACUACGUGAGCAUUCUCGUGCUGGGGUAUCUCCUGGGGCAGCUGCCCGUGUUUUUCCACGGAAUGACGGCUGUGCUGUGCGGGGCACUUUUUGCGGUGCAGGCUCCCCUUGUGCUGGGAACUCGCACUUCGUACGAGAUGUGCAGAAUUGCCCUCUGGUUUUCCGGCCAAAAGACAGCCUGCGACCUGUUUGAUGCAUUCUAA